CAUUAUACUUUUACAUUACAUCACGUCUUCCAUGCACUUUCCUUUUCCCAUCAAAACUCUUUACCUCCCACAACAAAUACACUCCCACUCCUACAGACACACAAUCUGCUGUCUAUACGGACAGCAUUAGGCGUAAGUUGAAUUUGUGAGACAACAUUGUUGUUAUAAAGAUAGAUACAUAGAUAGAUCUCUCCUUUGUAGUAUUUUAAUUAUAUAGUUGAACUUGGAAAGUAAACGUUUUUUUUUUUGGUUGACACAUGACGGCAGGUUUUAUUAGGGUUGAAGUUGUUGAAUGGAGUAGGUAACUAUCCGGGGCUUCAGUUUUCUUUACAAAGUUAUCAUCUUGCAGUUAUAUUUAGCUUGUUCAGUUCUUUGGUUGUUUUUAUUUUUUUUCCUGAAGAUCUGUUGGUUUCUUUGGAGGUUUUGGUUUUCUUUUGUUCAUCAUCUGCUACCUAUAGAGAUGAUGUUGUAUUUGUGUUGAUGCCUGAUUUUGUCUAUUUAUAAUAGCUGGUUUUUUUCGUUGGAAUUCUCUGGGAGAGGUGGAGAUUGUUUUGUUGUGAGUAAUGGAUCAAGAAACACAUGGAAACAAAGGAUUUACUAGGAAUUUGGGCCAAGUUUAUCAGGGAAGGAUAGAGAAUGUCGGUGAUUUGAGGGGAAAUAUGAGCAAUUCGGAUAGUUGGGUUGGGUCAGAGGCUAUAACUGCUGUAAAUGUAGGAGAGAAAGUAUCUACUGUGGUGGAAACUGAGGUUUUGAAUGCGAAUAUCGAGGGAUUGGGAUUAAUUGAGAGAGUGGCCAAUCAGGGAGCUAGUGAUGGGACAGGAAUUGGGGAGUUAUCGGAUGAAGGAACCUUGUCAAAUUCAGGUAAUAGGGUUAAUGAAACUGUAGUUGAGACUGUGAUUGGGAUGAAUUCAGGGGUGACUUCAAGUGUUAAUGGAGAAAAUAAGGAUUUGGGAUCACAAAAUGAGGUGUUGGGGCUCACAAGUGGGGUAAUAAAUCAGGAAAUACGUCAUGUGCUACGAGAUGGUGAGGUAUUGAAUCGAGAUGGGCAAGGAAGCAGUCGGUAUUCGAGUAGCCCAGUUAGCGAGCUUGUGCUAGAGACUGUGAUUGUGAUAGAUUCUGAAGAGAAUGUGGGUAUUAAUGGAGGAAACCAAAGAUUGGAAGCCAAGGAAAAUGAGCUGAGGGCCAGUAAGGAAACAGUGGAUGAGUCCGAGGUAGAGGUGCACCUAGGAGGGAAGUCGUCAUGCGUGGUUGAUAUGAAGUGUGGUGAUGGUGAUGGAACUGGAGGAGGCGGCUUUAAGGAUAACUGCGAUGGAGAAAAAGUUUGUAGGAUUUGUCACUUGACUUCUGAGGGGUUACUUGAAGCUACUGUCACAACUAUUACUACCACAGCCACCUCCAUGGAUCUAAUUCAGCUUGGUUGUGGAUGUAAAGAUGAUCUUGGCUUUGCACAUGUGAAUUGUGCCGAAGCUUGGUUUAAACUUAAAGGAAAUAGAAUCUGUGAAAUAUGUGGAGUGACAGCAGUGAAUAUUACAGGUAUUGGGGAUGACCGGUUUCUGGAGAGGAGGUUUAUUAGUAGCGGUGGUCAUUCAUCUGAGAGAAAUGGAGGAUGUUUGCGGGGUCAAACCUUCUGUAACUUCCUAAUGGCAUGCCUGGUAAUAGCUUUUGUGCUCCCAUGGUUUCUUAGGGUGGAUAUGCUGUAGAAUUUCUUCCAUGGCCAUUCUUAGGCCCACUCCUAUAAGUUGCACCUUGUGGAUGAUAAUGCGAUUCCUUAACCAUUCUUGUGGAGA